UAUAACAAUGAUCGAAGUAUUGACAUUUCCAUUGAAAAUAAGUGAAUGCAUUUGUUUGCUUUAUGUAUUUGUGAUAUUUGCAAACGCUAGUGAGGAAAAGGACUGUGGCUGUGGUAAAAAUUUGAACAGACAACGCCUCGAGGAAAGUUCUUGCCCUGUAGACAAUGAAGAUAUCCUUGAUGACGAACUUUUUAAGCCAAUUUAUAAAACUGACUUGACUGCAAAAAUGGUUGAAAUAAAGGGAGGCUCUUACUUUAUUGGUACGAAUGCCCCUUUUUUUGUUGCCGAUGGGGAAGGGCCUCGGAGGGAAGUAGAACUCAACAGCUUUUAUAUAGAUAAAUAUGAAGUAAGUAAUGCAGAUUUCAGUAAGUUUGUAAAGGCUACGGAGCACAAAACCGAAGCAGAAAAAUUUGGAGACUCUUUUGUAUUCGAAGGUCUCCUCAGUGAUACGGUUAAAAAUGAAAUAAAAGAAGUGGUUGCGCAAGCUCCUUGGUGGCUUCCCGUUAAACAAGCUGCAUGGAAUAGACCCGAAGGAUCGGAUUCGAAUAUUUCAGAUAGAAUGGACCAUGCUGUAGUUCAUGUUUCGUGGAAUGACGCAAUGGCAUAUUGCAAAUGGCUUGGCAAAAGACUACCAACCGAAGCUGAAUGGGAAGUUACUUGUAGGGGUGGCCUUAACGAUAGACUAUUUCCUUGGGGAAAUAAGCUAUUACCUAAUAACGAACAUAGAACAAACAUAUGGCAGGGUGAAUUCCCUGUAAAUAAUACAGCGGAAGAUGGAUUUAUAGGAACAAAUCCAGUAACGCAUUUUCCACCCAAUGACUAUGGUGUAUAUAACAUUGUGGGAAACGUAUGGGAAUGGACUUCAGAUUGGUGGAUGACUGACCACACGAGCGAAAAACAAAUUAAUCCUACUGGAGCUCCAAGUGGAUCAGAUAAGGUAAAGAAAGGUGGAUCUUAUCUGUGCCAUAAAAGUUACUGCUAUAGAUAUCGCUGUGCCGCAAGAAGUCAAAAUACACCAGACACCUCGGCAGGAAAUCUUGGUUUUCGAUGUGCUGUCUCGGCAUAAAAUAAUUCCUUACAAUACAUUUAUCAAUUUUAUACUUUAUACAUCGAAAAUAAGGAUGUACAUACUGUUCCAUAAUUGUUUUUUGCGAUCGUUGAGUAGAGGAAAUUUAAAUAACGUGAUAUGAA